AUGAAGAUUAUUGCCCCGAUUCUAACUCACCCAGUCUUCAGAGGCACCGCUCGGCUCCUGCUUUGCUUAAUGUGGAUUGGAUAUUCUCAAGGCACCACACAUGUGUUGAGAUUCGGGGGUAUUUUUGAAUGUGUGGAAUCUGGUCCAACUGGAGCAAUGGGAGCAGAAGAAUUGGCCUUCCGAUUUGCUGUGAACACAAUCAACCGAAACAGAACCCUGCUGCCAAAUACUACACUAACAUAUGACACUCAGAAAAUUAAUCUCUAUGAUAGUUUUGAAGCAUCUAAAAAAGCUUGUGACCAGCUGUCAUUGGGAGUAGCAGCUAUCUUUGGCCCUUCCCAUAGCUCUUCAGCGAAUGCAGUGCAAUCCAUCUGCAAUGCACUGGGGGUUCCACAUAUACAGACUCGCUGGAAGCAUCAGGUUUCAGACAACAAAGACUCAUUUUAUGUCAGUCUUUAUCCAGAUUUUUCUUCACUCAGUCGUGCCAUCCUUGACCUUGUGCAAUUCUUCAAGUGGAAAACUGUCACAGUGGUUUAUGAUGACAGCACAGGUCUCAUUCGAUUGCAAGAACUUAUUAAGGCUCCAUCAAGGUACAAUUUGCGUCUAAAAAUUCGCCAGCUACCCUCUGACACCAAGGAUGCCAAGCCUUUGCUCAAGGAGAUGAAAAGAGGCAAAGAAUUCCACGUCAUCUUUGACUGCAGUCAUGAGAUGGCAGCAGGUAUUUUAAAACAGGCUUUAGCAAUGGGAAUGAUGACAGAAUACUAUCAUUACAUCUUUACUACACUGGACCUCUUUGCUCUUGAUGUGGAGCCUUAUCGGUAUAGUGGAGUAAACAUGACUGGUUUUAGGAUUCUAAAUACAGAAAAUAGUCAGGUGGUGUCCAUAAUUGAAAAGUGGUCCAUGGAACGGUUGCAAGCUCCUCCAAAACCUGAUUCGGGUUUGCUGGAUGGAUUUAUGACG